UAUCUGAAAUUUAACACGAUCGACGAUCGACUUUUUUCGCCUGCAAGCAUGGAGAAUUUUGUAGAAGCUUCGUCUCAGCAGCAGGUUGAGGACUUUUUAAAGGUAGCCGGGAGGUUGCUCACAGUGGUUCAUUUUUAUGCACCAUGGGCCCCGCAGUGCACGCAGAUGAACGAUGUGAUGGAAGAGUUGGCCAAGGAGCAUCCUCAGGUCACCUUUGUCAAGCUGGAGGCCGAGGCCGUGCCGGAGGUGUCGGAGAAGUAUGAGAUCAGCUCUGUGCCCACCUUCCUGUUCUUCAAGAGAGGUGAGAGGGUGGACAGGCUGGAUGGAGCUCAUGCCCCUGAGCUCACCAAGAAGGUCCAGCGGCUGGCGUCCAGUGAUGCUGUACCGGCUGGAGCAAAAGAACAUCCUCAGGCGGACCUUAAUGAGCGCCUGAAGAGGCUCAUCAACGCUGCGUCCUGCAUGGUGUUCAUGAAGGGCUCACCUCAGGAGCCUCGAUGCGGGUUCAGCAGGCAACUCGUUCAGAUCCUGAACGACCAUGGCAUCCAGUUCAGCAGCUUUGACAUCCUUUCUGAUGAGGAGGUGCGGCAGGGCCUAAAGACGUACUCCAACUGGCCCACGUACCCCCAAGUCUACGUCAACGGCGAGCUUGUUGGGGGGCUGGACAUCAUUAAGGAACUCGUGGAGUCCAAGGAGCUGACCAACACCUUUCCAACGGCUGUGACACUAGAGCACAGGUUGAAGGCACUCAUCAACAGAACUCCUGUCAUCCUCUUCAUGAAAGGCAACAAAGAGGGGGCCAAAUGUGGAUUCAGCCGGCAAAUACUUGAAAUCCUGAACAGUACGGGUGUGGAUUAUGACACAUUUGAUAUCCUGCUGGAUGACGAGGUUAGACAGGGACUGAAGACUUACUCCAACUGGCCCACGUACCCUCAACUCUAUGUGAAGGGGGAGCUCAUUGGUGGACUGGACAUUGUGAAGGAGCUGAAAGAGAGCGGCGAACUCCAGUCGGUCCUGAAAGGCGAGAGUUAGUGGCAUCGUGGCUGGAGUGGAAGAGUUCAGGGAUCAAGCAGCACUGUAGAAAUCAUUCUAGAAACGAUUUGCUGUCAUGUAACCUUUAUGGCUGGGAAAUGAAUCUGUUUUGCGUGUCAGUUGUGGGUUAACGGAGAAACGUGUUAUGCCCUCUGUAUGAAAUAAAGUUCUAAAGUGAUUG